AUGGAUCUACCCAUGCACACUAUCAUGGAGGCACUGGAUGCAUUAGGCAUGUACAACACGCUGAGCGAGAUUGCGGAGGCACAUGAACGGGCACAGAUCACCAAGGUUGUCCGGCACACCUCCAAAUAUCCUGGCAGACGAGCCUAUGUAGCAGCGGUGGUCAACAAAGAUGGCACGGUAAUCAACACGUGCAUGGUCCGCACUGAUAGUCCUAAGGUGGCCGAGCAGGCGGCCAUCAUCCUUGCACUCCUAGAAGACGAUAAAAGCUUGACGGAAUCGAUUAAAGAAGGUGUUCGUCUGGAGUUGUCGCCAGGCGACGGCCUGCCUCCUGUUCAAUUGGGGACUCGGCGAACUGCCGGUGACCACGCGCCUUUGCUCACCCAGGGCUGGGACGACGUGAGCUUCCACGGCUCGCCGCAAAUCCCCACUCCAAACUUGGACGUCCUGGCGGCCGACGGGAUCAUCUUGAACAACUAUUACGUGCAGCCCUUGUGCACCCCGUCUAGAGCCGCUCUAAUGUCGGGCUUCUACCCCAUACACACCGGUAUGGAGAGUUCAGUCAUAGGCACAGGCGAGCCGUGGGGUCUGCCACUCAACUUCAAGCUGAUGCCUCAGUACUUGAAGGACCUCAAUUACCAAACGCAUAUGAUCGGAAAGUGGCACCUUGGCUAUUACACGGAACAGUACGUGCCCACUUCUCGCGGAUACGACACCUUUUACGGCUUCUACAACGGCGAAGAAGACUACUACAACCACACCCUCCCCGUCCCACAGAGCUCGCAAGUUGGUCUCGACUUCUGGCUCAACAAUGAGCCACUGAGGAAUGAGACGGACCGCUACUCAACCACCUUGUUCGGCGAGCAAGCUAUAAGGUUGAUCAAGGCGCGCGACCCAAAUAAGCCGUUCUUCCUCUCCCUGUGUUACCAAGCACCUCAUGGAGGCUCACCAGUAGAACUCCAGGCGCCAAGCGAGAACGUCGACAAAUUCCCGUACAUUGGGGAAAAGAAUCGAACGAUAUACGCAGGGAUGGUGGACGCGAUGGACCAGUCCGUGGGCGACGUCCUUGAGGCUCUGCAGCAGGAGCGCAUGCUGGACAACUCGGUUAUAGUGUUCAGCAGCGACAACGGAGGCUUGCCCUGGGGACUACACGCCAGCCGUGGCUUCAACUGGCCGCUACGGGGCGCCAAGGGCACCCUGUGGGAAGGGGCCACGCGGGCAGCCGCGUUCCUCUGGUCGCCCCUAGUCACCCGUAAUCGCAGGGUCUCACACCAGCUCAUGCACAUCGUCGACUGGCUUCCCACGCUCUACCGGGCCGCCGGCGGAGACCCGUCGAAAAUGAGGCGCCUCGACGGCCGUGACAUGUGGCUGCAGCUGUGCGCCGACCUGCCCUCCCCGCGGGUCGAGCUGCUCUACAACAUCGACCCCGUGGGCGACACGGCGGCACUGCGCUACCGCGACUACAAGCUGGUGCUGGGCGUCUCGGCGCAUGGACUCUACGACCAGCGGUUCCUGACGCCCGGCGGCUCUCGGCCCUACGCGGACCUGGACCGCCUGAUGGCCCAGUCUAAGGCGGCCCGCGUGUUGAGGGACUUCUACAACACGGGCGCGUUCCUCUUUCCCAGCCAGUGGCGCCAGAGGGCCACGCUCACCUGCGGCCCGCAGGAGAGCUCCAACUUCGUGGGCGGCGAUCCGCCCUACCUGUUCGACCUGUCCAAGGACCCUUGCGAGAUGCACAAUCUGGCACCCGACAACCGAGAGCUGCUGUCCGUGCUAAUUCGGAAGCUCGCGAGCUACGCAAUCACGUCGGUGGCGCCACGCAACAAGCCCGCAGACCCGAGGUCCUACCCACAGUACCACAACGGCACCUGGGCGCCUUGGGUGAACGUCGCCUCCAUGUAG